UGCGCCGCGCGCCCGCCCGGCGCCACGCCCGCUACAGGCCAAGGGCCAGUCACCCGCGGGCGGGCGUCCCGCAGCCUUCUCGCCGCCCCGCCCCGCCCGGCCCCGCCGCGGGACGGGUAACGGUUACCAAGCACUUUCUCAGCCGCGAUUUCUGCUUAGUCAUUGUCUUCCAGGAAACGGUCCCUUCAGUUGGGAGUCAACUCUGAGGCGGCAGCCGCAGUAGCAGCAGCCGCAGCCGCCAGCGCGUCCCUCCCGGGCCGCCGCUCCGCCACCGUCCGGCCUCCCUCGGUCCCGAGCGCAGGCCGAGGUCCCGCCGCGUGGGGCCGGCAGCCUCGCGCUCCGCUCUCCCGCCUCGGGCACCGCGUCCUGCGGGGCGGCCUCCUUCCUCGCCUGCGACCCCGUCGCCUCCUGGCCCCUUCGGUCGGCCGCUGCCAUGGGCACCGACAGCCGCGCGGCCGGGGCGCUGCUGGCGCGGGCCCGCACCCUGCACCUGCAGACGGGGAACCUGCUGAACUGGGGCCGCCUGCGGAAGAAAUGCCCGUCCACGCACAGCGAGGAGCUUCGAGAUUGUAUCCAAAAGACCUUGAAUGAGUGGAGUUCCCAAAUCAGCCCUGAUUUGGUCAGGGAGUUUCCAGAUGUCUUGGAAUGUACUGUAUCUCAUGCAGUAGAAAAGAUAAAUCCUGAUGAAAGAGAAGAAAUGAAAGUUUCUGCAAAACUGUUCAUUGUAGGAUCAAACUCUUCAUCAUCAACUAGAAAUGCAGUUGACAUGGCCUGUUCAGUCCUUGGAGUUGCACAGCUGGAUUCUGUGAUCAUUGCUUCACCUCCUAUUGAAGAUGGAGUUAAUCUUUCCUUGGAGCAUUUGCAGCCUUACUGGGAGGAAUUAGAAAACUUAGUUCAGAGCAAAAAGAUUGUUGCAAUAGGUACCUCUGAUCUAGACAAAACACAGUUGGAACAGCUGUAUCAGUGGGCACAGGUAAAACCAAAUAGUAACCAAGUUAAUCUUGCCUCUUGCUGUGUGAUGCCACCUGAUUUGACUGCAUUUGCUAAACAAUUUGACAUACAGCUAUUGACUCAUAAUGAUCCAAAAGACUUACAGAAAUGGAUUGUUUGAAGGGUUAUUUUGAAGAUUAAAAAAAAAAAAUGUUGCUGAUUUAUGCAAGUGUCAGAGGAACUUUUUUGUGUGUUCUUCUCUCCCCCCUCUCAAUGAAGAAGCAAGAUUAUAGUUUCAUGUUGUGAAGGGGAUCAGGUAGAUAUGGAAUUUUAAGAUUAUUUUUUUGUUUCACUUCUGUACCUUUAAUUUCUGUUUUUUAAUAACCUGUAAAAAAUGAUUUUUUUAAGGCUUUACAAUUUUCCAAGCUGAUAUUUGCAUCUUUUUUUCAUAAACUAUCAGAAUAUAGUGAAUACUUUCCAAAUACUUAAGGACUUAAUGUUUAAAAAGCCAUAAAAUAAAGAGCAGUAAUACUACCAAAUAAUUGCUUAAAGCUGAAAGCUAAGUUAUCAAUAGUGUAUAUAACAGAUACGUUUUCUCAGGAGAGGUGUGUCCAUGACUCAAUAUAGAAAGAAUUUAUAUAAUUGUUUUUUUUUCCCCAUAAACAUGAAAAGAAGCUACAGCUUGUUUUUACAUUUCCAAAAUACACUGGAGCCUUACUUUAACACAAUGUACUGUAACUUAGAAUUUGUUCUGUGAUGAGUCUAUCUUGAAUUCCCAUCCAAGAAACUAUAGUCACCAGAAGGACCAAGGUGUCUUAUAAAAUACGUUCACAUUGUGUAAAUUCUGAAGACUACAUUGUGCUGGUAUCCAAGUUAGGGUAUCCAUUUAGGGAUGGCGGGUGCUAGAUUGAAUCACAAGUAGCUAAUGAUUUUUCUGUUCUCAAAGAUCACUUAAACAGCUAUGUAUGGAAUAGAAAAUAAAGUUACUCUAUUUUGCAUAAAUGCUGAGACUUUCCCUACCAGAGCCAAGUAGUAACUGAAAUAAGAUCUUUGUUUUCAAUGAUAAAGGCUUAAGUCUCAUUUAAUUACAUCUCAUUUUUUAACAGAUUUCUUUCCAACUUUUCCACCUAGCAUUUUCAAUAUUGGGGAAUGUAAGUGAUUGAUAGUUUAUUAUAUAUUUGCCAACAUUUGAUCUCUCUGCAAAUUGUAUGUUUAGAAAAAUUUGAAGUUGUUUUAAGGAGAAUUUAAACCAUUUGUUUUCAUAAGCAAAUAUACCAACUUAUGAUUCUGAACCUCUUUUUUAAAGUUAACUUCCUAAUGUACCAGAACUUUUACCUGUCAUUUCCCCCAUAAAGUUGAUGAUGGGAUAUGUCAGUUUUAUUUUUGAAAACUAUGUAACAUAAUUUUCACUAAUAUUUUUUAUAGUUUUCAGAAUUAGAAAUACACUUAGGGGAAAAUGUUUUCAUUAGAUAAUUCUACUUUUAUGUGUCUGUAGUAGUGUAUUAUGAAAUACAGGCAAAAUAAAAGCAUUAAUAAACAUGUUUAUAAUAGUCUUUAAUAUCACCUAUGAGUAUUAAUGAAUUACCUAAUAAAGUGUGUUGUAUAUUUUUUAACUGAGUUGAAUAGUGUAAGCAUCUAGAAUAUUAUAUUGAUUUUGACCUAUUUGAAUUCAUAAACAGUAUGAUUUGAAAAUUAUGAAUAGCUUUUAAGUAUCCAAGCCAUAAAGCUAUUCAUGCAUUCAUUCAUUCAAUGAUUUAUCAAAUGCCUACUGUAUGCCAACCACUGUGUAAGGUAUUGGCAGAUAAACAUAGAAAUGAAAAAGAACCUGUGUCUUCAAGGAGCAUAUAGUAUAUUGGGGGGGGGGGGCGGGGAAGAGAGAUCUGUACAUGAAUAAGCAAUAAAGGCUGCAUCUGUUAAUGACUGAAGUGGUGAAAAGGGAUUGGAGGCAUAGGGAAGGAAGUGGGGCUAGGGAAUAUCUACUGCUAGGAGACUCCCUGAAGAAAUUAGUCUUAGAGUAGGAUGACAGGAUAGGUGGGCAUUCUGGCAGAGGCCUUUGUUUGCCUCAUUUGUAAAUAUGCUUUUAUUGAAUGAUGAACAAUUUAUAUGUAAACUUUAGAAACUCAGUGAAAACACUUUCUUAGAGCGCUUGCCCUUACAGAUAAAAAGGAAUGGCUUCUGUUGAGACAAGAGUAAGGUUGGAAAAGUAAUGUUUUAUAAUCAAGAGGCUAAAACUUGGCCAAAUCCCCCACAUAGAUCAGAAUAUGGCUGUUACAUAGUUUCACUACCAGAAAAGUCAAACAAAACUUUAAUAUGUAUCUCUCAACAAUGAAUAAAUGUAUAAAAUGUCAUACAAGA